UGGGGUCUUUAAAUAAGAGCGAGCAAGUACGCAAAUCAAAAUCAUUUGACGCAAUACAGCAAAAAUUGAGGCUGUGUUUUACGUUUUAACUGCAAUUGUGUUGUAAUAAUUGUUUUAUUAAAAAAAUAUGGAUAGAUUUUAUGAGGAAAAUAAUGAUGUGUCGGCUAUAUUUUUCGACUUGGAUAAUACAUUAAUUCAGACAAGAAAGGGCGAUAGUAAAGCCUGCAAUAAGCUCGUGGAAGUUUUAGAGCACCAGUAUGGCUUGCCCCGGGAGGCCGCUGCGGAGAGCGCGUCCUCUUUCCUCCGAGCGUUCAGGGCCAGACCGGAUGAUGAUACCUACGGGAUAUACGAGUGGCCCACGCACCUCUGGCGAAACUCGCUGCCCAAAAACUAUAGGCAUAUUGCCAAAAAUAUAUCAGCCGAAUGGCUAAAAUUAAGGUUUCAUUAUUUAGCAUUGACCCCCGAUGUAAUACAUCUGUUAGAAACGUUGAGGGAGGAUUAUCUACUCGGUCUGAUCACGAACGGGCCCUCUCGAGCCCAGUGGCAGAAGAUUGAACGUCUCGGCCUGAGGAAGUACUUCGAUUGUGUGCUGGUCUCUGGAGACCUGCCCUGGGAGAAGCCAGACCAGAACAUCUUUCUGGAAGCCUGCAAGCUCUUAGGGGUUGAAGCUAGAACUUGCAUCAUGGACGGAGACAAGCUGGAGACAGAUAUUAAGGGUGGUAAAGAAGCCGAAUUAGGCGGCACGGUCUGGAUUCCGUUGCAAUCUGACGAAAUGGAAUCCGACUUACCAGACUUCACAAUCCACAAGGUGACAGAACUACCUGAGGUGCUACCGAACUCGCCGAAAUUUAAGAGAUCCGCUCAUACCUCAAAAGUAUAUUGACCGUAGGAUUAAGGUUCUUGGAAUAUAAGGUGGGAAAUGAUAGGUGGUAGAUAUAGCCUUGGUGGCUACGGAUUCAUCGCACGGCCUUGUUGUUUAAACGAUGGCUUAGUGUGGAAUGACAGGCGACAAAAAAACAAAUUAAUUAUAAGCUAUGGUGUUCUACGCAAUGAGUCGUGAAAAUUUUUGUUUAUUUCUAAAAUUUGUUAUUUUGUCGCUGAUUGCGUGUUCUAUAUAUUUUUUGUUAUAUAAAAAUUCAUAUUUGUGCGUUCGUAUUCUAAACGCAUCGGGAGUUGAUACUAUACAGUUUUUGUAUGGCUAGGAUGGUUUUUAGGAUAUAAUUUGGGAAAUGAUAGGUGAAUAGCCUUGGUGGCUACGGACUAAUCCGACGCCCUUGUAUAAGACAAAAAAAAAAUCAAUGGUGUCGCAUCGCACGCAAUGGAUCGUAGAAAUCUUCCUACUUUUCUGUAAUUUAUUCUUUGUCGUUUGCAUAUUUCUAUAUAUAUUUUUUAAUAUAAAAACUAAUGUUUGUGCGUUCGUAUUCUAUGCGUAUGGGGAUUUGAAACUUUAUACAGUUGUUAUUGGCACUUGGUUAAAGGUUUCUGACAUGGUAUGCAUCUAGUUUAAACAAGUAACAAAAAGGUUGAAAGAGGUUGAAAACAAUGCAUACUUAAUUUUAUAAUUUACCUUACACUUAGUUUUUAUAAGUAUGAAAAUAUUAUCAUACCUAUCAAUAUACCUAAUGGUGCUAAUGGCUACUUUGGUUAUACACGAGGUUUAGAGGUUCUAAACAAAAUUGACAGCUGUCUAGAAAUAGUGAUAUCCUUUUCAAAAUGUUACCUGCAGAAUAGAAUAGCAUUAAUUCAAGACAUGUCGAUUUAGAGAUUAUGUAGAAUCGAAUUAGAACAAAGGGUGCUAAUUCUGUUGUUGUUGCCUAAAUGUUAUGCUAUCCCUUUUACAAUGCUCCGUGUGGAAAAGGAUAGCAUUAGAUUUAGACUAGCCAACUUAGUUUAGUUGAAAGAUUGUGUACUUACAACAGAAUUAGCAUCUUAUCAAUUAGUUUAUGGGAACUUUAGUUGCAGUUUUAUUUAAUUGCGCAACUAAAAUUGUAAGAAAUAUUGAAAUAUAUAGGUACUUGCUUUUUUACUAAUAAUAAUAGCAAAUUGCAAAGUUGCCUACAUUUUAAAACCAAAGUUUGUUUAACUAAAAUUAGUUACUUAGUACAAAUAAAAAAAUUGCAAUUUAAAUCGGCAGAUCGGCCAAUUAGACUAAACGCGACUAAAAUUGAAUUCACACUAAAAUCAAGCUCAAUAAUUAAGCUCGUCUUUUAGUUGUGUUGUAUUUAUUACUAAAAUUGCCAAUUUGGUCAUACUUUGGCCUGAAACUUUAGCUCAAAAUUGCCAUUUUCUAAUGACAAAGUUCAACUAUCAUUCUUUAAUAAGUUAGUAGAUUGAUGUAAACUAUUAUUCAAAUUAUACCCGAACAAGGGUGUCUAAAUAGUUAAAAGAAAAAAUGUUAUAAUAGUUCCUUGUUUCUCCUUGUGCAACUUUAAAACUUAUGUCCUAUAUUUUCCUACUUUAUUGCUUUACUUUAGCACUAAAGUGAACUAAACUUAAACUGAUGAAUCUACAGCAUUAUUAUAAUAUCCCACAACUUACAUUAUGAAGGUGUAGGUAGAUUUUUUAUUUACUUAAUUUUAGGUAAUUUUAGAUCCGAAUGUAAGUUUGUUAUCACUACUUGUGUUACCUUAACCUAAAUCAUAUAAGGGUUAAUGUUAAAUGGUGCUAAUUUCGCUGUACACAACACUAAACUAUGUAUAUUGACAGCUAAAAGAAACUAUUAGGGCACUAUGUUUAGAGCUGUCUUUGAAAUUAAUUCAAGAGAUGUAGGUAUGUCCAACCGAAUUAGCACUAUAGCUAGAAACUAAAAUUAGCGUAGGUAGGUAAUAAUUUAUUUUGACGUGUUCUAAAGGUUGUGUAGAUGUGGUUGUUUACCUCGAACAUACAAAUUGUAAAUAAUGUUUAUUGUGACAACACAACGCGACGUCUGGGAUCUGCCAAGUUUAUUUAUAAAUCUUUUAUGUGCUGAUGCAUUCCUUCCAAAACUUUGAACGCACUUUAUAUUAUUUACGAUUGCCACAUAUUUUUGUCAACAUGGCCGUUUUUUUACUGCGAUAUUUUUAAUGUGAAAACUGAAGCCAAUGACAUCGAAUGGCAUCGAUUUGUUCUUAAAUUUUUUAAUUGUAGUGCUCACGUAUAAAAUUUUUAAAUGUUUUCUAUUAUUAACUAAAAAAAAUGUUUUACAUUGUUAGAAAAAAUGUAAAAUCUAAUUUUUAUAUUGUUUUGUUGUGCUAUGACACAAAAAAAAGUUUCAAAGUUUUAUACCGAAAUCGACAUACGAAAUGAUAAAUAUGUUAUGAUUUUUUUUAAUCUUGUGUAAAAUCCUUUGGAUAUUACCGCAAUUUGGAAGUUCUAAGAAAGUUAUAAAAUUGCAUGAGUAAUAGCCGAAAUUAACAAUCAAGCCGAUCUUUAAUCUGUCGUUAGAUUACUUACGCCCGAAAUCAAUAAUCAAUCUAUCUUUAAUCUGUCGAUAAGUAACUUAGCAACUAGGUUAUUUGUCAAAAAAGAUCAUAUAAUUCAUGACUGCUAAGAAAUUUAUUGACAGAUUACAGAUAGAUUAGGUAGUUAUUAAUUUCGGCCGUUAGUGACAUUAUCAAUAUACUCUAUAUAAUUUUUUGUCAAAUAACCUAUAAUUACAGAUAGGAUUGAUUGUUAAUUUGGGCCAUUAGAGGUUAACUUUUUCAUGGGUAUAAAUUCAAAAAAAGCUAACCAAAUUCAAAGUACAAAACUGAUUCAUUCACCUAACAGUACAAAAUGUAUAAAAUAUUGUAUUUAAUCUUAAUAUUUGAGGCUAUUUUAUUUUAAUGAAAGCAUUUCAAUUUUUCAUAUAUAUAAUUUUUAAACUGGGAAAUAUAAAUAUAAAAUGAUAGAUGAUUAGCAAGUACCUAUUAGGUAUUUAAUUUAGUAAUUAUGCCAUAAUUAUGCAUAUUAAUUUAGCACUAACCAUGUCACGUUUAUCAGAACUUACUUCCGGUACAUAAAUGAAUACCAUAGUGAAUUAAUUUUCAAAAGGUACUCGCCAUAUUAUCUGUAUGUGUCAACUGUCAUGUCAAAAGUACGAUUUUAGUCCCUAAUCUAAGAGCAGUAAGGCCGAAGUAAAUCGUAUUUUUGACAGGUCAGUUGACCCAUAGAGCAUAAACGGCGAGUCCUAUUUAAAAAAAAUGUAAAUAUCAGUUGUAAUGAAUAAUUUGACACAAGUAUACCGUGAAAUUACCUGUCGCAUGCUAAUGCGGCAUGUAAUCGAUUCUUUUAAGAAUUUUUUCAAUCACUCAUUUAUAUAAAACAGUAACGUAAUUUUUUUGCGCGUAACGCGUUUGUAUAUUGUACAAUUAUCUACAUUGUACAAAUAAUAUUUUAAAAAAAGUUGUUUAUAAAAAAAUGAGAACCAUCUUGGACCCUUUUUUUAUGGGUUAGUUAAAUAUUUAUUCAAUAAAACAAAAUCAAAGAAAGAAACUUAAUUGAUUCCCAAUGAUUUUGUUAAGUACUACCCCCAUACCCAAAUAUUAAAAAAAAGUUUUAGUUUUUUUUUACCAAGUUACUUUUUAAUCUUAAUACCUCAUGAAAAGUAUUCAGUGAUAUUCUGUUCCUUAUUAAAACUUACGCGAUUUAAACUAUUGUGAAAAUACUUCACGCUUUACUUAAGCUUUAAAUAGACAUUGUGUGUUUAAAAAAACUAUGUAUAUACCUAACUAUGUACCUAUCUUAAGAAAUAUUGACGCUAAUGUUUACUCUUACCUUAAGAGUUGUAGAAAAAAAAUCUUUUAGUUAUGACUUAUGCUGUGGACUUAGGAAUGUUAAAAGUUUUAUUUUUUUAUCUUCUUAUUAAUUGUGUCAGUAGAAUAGUAAGUUUAAACAACUAUAGAGUUAUUUUUAUACUUAGGCUUAGUGUCUGAUUUUUGUAAUUAUUAAUCAGUUUCAAUAGAAACUGUUAGCAAGGCGCGUUAUGGCACACUGUCUAGAGAGCAACGUUUAUGGAAGUUUCCAUAAUUAAAAAAUAAACUAAACUAAACUCUGGUCCAGCACAAAGUUCUAUAAAAGUAGGUUCUAUUGAAACUGGCUAAGUUUAAGCUUAUCUUAGAUCUUGAUAGACUGGGGUGAUGUGAUAUAUAGGAUAAUAGAGGCGUUCUUAUGUAAAACUGCGCGCCAUACUGUUGAAAAUUAAGUAGGUACAGUGCAUAAAUGUUCUAUGUGAUUACUGUCAUGUCAAAAGUAUGAUUUUAAUCCAUAGUCUAACCCUGAGAUUUGUAGCGCGCACUUUAACUUUGCUCAGACUUCAUAUUUGGUUAAAAUGAAACAGAUUUAUGUGAAAGAUAUGCAUCUGUCUCGUUUUAACACUGUCUUAAGUGUAAGCAAAGUCAGAGCGCCUCUAUAGAUCUCUCCCUAAGAGCUAGCGCGCCCCACGGUAAAAUUCCAUACAUUUUUUCUGCAAAAUCUAUGAACUACAGACCUACGUAGAAGCGCGCGUUCUCCGGAAUUAAAUCCGCACGAGAUUUUGAUUGAUUUAAAUUCUUUCGGGGUUUUAAACUGCACCGCAUUUCGCCUAAGGGCACCCCGUACUUUUAACAUGACAGUUGACAUAAAGCAAAUAUGGAAAGUCCAUUCUCAAACUUUAUGCAUUAUAUAUACCUAUUUAAAUUAUACAUUAAACUUUUAGGUCUGAUAAGUACCUACCUAUGGAAUAAUAAAGAGCGAACCGCGCAAAUAUAAUGUUAAAAAAAUUCUACGUCUUAUUACUCAUAUUAUUUUACUAUCUAAUUAAGGGCCAGUAAAUAUGUAAAUCGCUAAGUGUCAUAAAUAUUACUCAAACGGAUAACUUAACAAAAAGUUCACGUCAUUUCUUAUUAAACUAAACUAAAUUACAAAUUAUUCACCUUUCUUAUACACCCUCUUUUAUAUUCAGUUUAAUCUAGGUUUAGUUUAAUCCUGUCAAAAUUAAUUAGCGUCUGUAUUACGAAACUUCGCUAGAAUAUCAAUGGACAUUAAUGGCCGAAAUUAAUAAUCAAUCUAUCUGUAAUCUGUCGAUAACUUACUUAGCAAUGUUGUUAUUUAUCAAGUAUUUUUGACAAAUAACAGCGUUGCUAAGUAACUUAUUGACAAGUUAAAGAUGGAUUGAGCAUUAAUUUUGGCCGUUAGACAAUACUUAUUUCGUAGUACACACAUCCUUCUCUAAAACUCUUGAAAAAUCUGUACAAACAGGUACAUAGUACAAGAGUUAGCUAAUAAAAAUUAAUAUCGCACAUAAAAAUAAUUUUAAUAAUGUCAUUGUAAUGGUGAAUAAUCCUAUACAAACCUACUUGCUACUAAAAAUAAAUAAACCUGUUUUGAAAAUUAGCUAUAACUUAGGUGCUAAUUUGUUGUGUAUAAAAAAGUUUAUUGGGUGUUGUGAUUAUUUUGAUUCUGUGAAGUUUUUUAAAUGUCGGUACCUGCUACCUACCUAUGUAAUGAAUGUAAAAUGGGUAAUUUUAAUUGAGAUGUCUACUUAUGAUGUAGAAGUUAAUUCUAAGUUUUGUAAUUGAAAAGGCGUCUGUUUUGUUCAAAUACACUUUUCUUUAAAUUU